AUGUGCCUGGAGGAGCUGAGCCCGGAGGUGUGGACCCUCGUGCUGGGCCACCUCGGCCUGCGGGACUGCACCUCCUGCCUCACGCUGAGCUCCGGUGUCCGGCGCGCGCUGCUGAAUGAAGCCAUCUGGAAGCAUCUGUGCCUGGACCUGUUCCGUGACCUGAGCCUGCGGGACCCCGCCGACUGGCUCAACCCCCGGUACAAGGCGGAGCUGCCCUGGAACUCCCACCUGUGCCCCACUACCUACAGGGGUGUCUACCUGCUGGCCCGCCACUACCAGCGCAUCUGCGGCUUCUGGACCACCAGCCGCUGCUGCGAGUGGAACGGCGAGGUCAUCCCCGAGGCCACCAUCGUGCGCUUCCGGCUUGUGCCCCAGGGCCUGGAGAUCGACGGCUUCCGGGUCAUGCAGGGGCCCAUGCGCCGCCAGCAGUGGGGCUGCAUCCACCCGGGCAAGGGCAGGAAGGGGCUGGAGUUCAGCCUGCCAGACGACGGCUCCAGGAUCCUGGCUCGCAUUGUCAGCGUGCCUCAAACACACGCCAACCACAUGGCCGGGGUGGGUGACCCCGACUUUGAUGCGGCCUACAGCGCCUACGUGCAGAGCACCAUGCAGACGAGCUCCAGGCGGCGGAGCCGGGGGACCAAGGAGUGGGGCGAGAACGCGGACGUGUGCCUCUACGGCCUGCGGGUGCCCGGUGCCGUGCAGGGCCCGGCGGAGGACCGGCCCCUGGCCGGCCUGUGGAUGGCGGAGGGAUACGGGCCCCACAUGUGGGCCAUCACCUACCGAGACCGCGCCAGGGUGCUCCGCCUGGAGGAGGUGGUGCGCUGCGACGAGGAGCUGUCCCACCUCCCACGCGUGCACGAGUACCGGGUGACGCCGGGGCCCGCUCUGGCCGACGCCGGCGCGGGGCACGAAGCGGAUGUGGAGCACUUCCUGCGGCACGGCCUGGUGCCGGAGGGCGUGCUCCCGGCCCUGGGCUCCCAGGGCUGGCUGAGGCUGGUGGCGGAGGAUCACAUGAGGCAGGUGGUCCCAAACUAUGUCCCGGGGAGGCUGUACCGCCUGCCCAUGGAGGCCUGCGGCAUGCGGGUCCGGUGA